CGAUAUUUCCGAAUCAUAAUGGAUUCGGGACGGAAAACGUAAAUUCAAUUUUCGCCGCUCGUAAAAAAUUCUAACACCUUGUAAACAAGCUCGCUGAACUGUCGAACAAAGUGAGUUUAGAUCAGGUGCUUGCAGUACCCUAUAGACAGUCAUCGUCGUCGCGAUCGCGCGCGUGGUAGUGUUUUUGUUUGUCCGCGCCGGUAGGAAAAUCCUGAAACCAAAACGAUAAAUAAUGUUCCGCCGGUGGCUACGGUUACCUCAAACCGUGUUGGGGACAGCCCGUCACUAUGCCGGAGUGCACCAGAAAGUCCCCCACAUUAGACUGCCACCGGGACGAAUAGCCGAACUGAAGGAAAAACUCGUCGCCAGUCCGGUUCCGACGGCGGCCGAGUGGAGCACCAUUCGCAAGGGGAUUCUCGAUGAACGUCGCUUCAACGCGACCAAUGUGGACAGUACGGUGCUGGGGUUGUGCCACGGGUUGGAGAGUGGCAAAUCCUAUGUGAGGUUUUUGCGGGAAAACGGGAUAGAAUUGAAUUUGGCCAUGGCGGGGAAGCUGCUUCGACUGUACCGGACGGAGCAUAGUGAUGGGACGGGGUUGAGUGAAGAAGAACGGCAGGAAAUUUUGAGGCUUUAUGAAGAUUUACGUGGGAAGAAUCCGGUGCUGGAUGCGAAUACCUGUGAGCAUUUGGUGGCGGCCUUGACUCUUACGGACAGCUGGCGCUUGUCGUUCGAGCUGCUGGAUAUGAUCAAGCUGAGUGGGAUUCCGGAUAGCGCGACUUAUAGUUACUUGAUUGCCAGGUGCUUCCAUGCCGGUGAAAUAGAAGCCGGAUGGAAGCUGCUGGAAGAACUAUGCUCCAAUAAACGGCUGCCGAAGGAUGAUGUGUUCCUAGAAUGGAUUGAACAUUGCCUCAAGGAUGAAGCCAGUUUUAAACAAAACAUCAUCAAAAUGUUGGCCUUUACCAACGCGAAAUCUCUGUUCCUUUCGAAGCGGGUUGGCUCCGCCCUGACAAAGCUCCCGCCGCGGCUAGGAAUCCGUGCCGCCGAAAGCCGCGUCACCGACAGUGGCAAAUGUUCCCACUGCAGGUCCUCGCUGGCCAGCAUUGUCGUGCCGGAGGAAUCGUUCUGUGCCCUGCGGGAUGCAUUUAUUCAGGCUGUGAUAAUCAAAAAGGAAAUCUUCAACAAAACCACCCCCAAAGAGCUGGAACGGUUCCAAGUGUUUCUGAAGAAGACCAAACCCUACGACGUGGUGAUUGACGGAUUGAAUGUGGCCUUCUCGACUGGGAAUCAAAAGUCCCCCGCGGUGUAUGCCAUGCAGCUUGCCGCCGUGGUGAAGCACUAUGUGCGCCUGCGGAAGCGGGUUUUGGUCAUCGGUCGGCAGCACAUGGACCGGUGGCGUUCCAAGGACAUGAAGUACAUCCGGGAGAAUGCGUUUUUGUUCCUGACAGAGGACCUCUCGCAGGACGAUCCGUUCUUGUUGUACGCCGCGAUGGAGAGUGGCCCUGGAACGGAUUUCUUCUCGCGCGAUCUGAUGCGGAAGCAUUCGUUCCUGCUGGGGGACGAACUGGGCGGGGUGUUUAAGCGGUGGCAACAGGAACACCAAUACUCGCUGCUGUCGAUUACCAACGACGGAAGGGUGAUCAUAAAGUCACCGUUCAAGUUCGAUAUGUUCGCUCAUCGGUCGCCGGGGAAUGAGCACCAGUGGCACGUGCCGCUGGUGGAAGAUUCGGUGAAGAUACCCAAAGUGGAGAAGCAAGCCUGUUGGUUGUGUGUUAGGUUCGAAUAGGAGAAGCUGUUGGAAAUUUA